AUGGGGGCGGAGCCGCGGGGGUUCUUCGGCGUCUACCUGCUGUUCUGCACCAACCCCCGGUACCGGGGCCGCGUCUACGUCGGCUUCACCGUGGCCCCCCAGCGCCGCAUCGGGCAGCACAACGCUGGCAAGCGCCGCGGCGGGGCCUGGAAGACCAGCGGGCGCGGGCCCUGGGAGAUGGUGCUGAUCGUCCACGGCUUCCCCUCUGAUGUGGCUGCGCUGCGGUUUGAGUGGGCCUGGCAGCACCCCCACACUUCUCGCCGUCUUUCCCACGUGAGCCGUCGCGCCCGCCGGGAGACCAGCUUCGAUUUCCACCUCCGGGUUCUGGCCCACAUGCUUCGCGCGGCCCCCUGGUGCCGCCUGCCCCUCACGGUGCGCUGGCUGGAGCCGGGGUACCGUCAGGACUUCCCCCCCGCCCUCCAGCCCCCCCUGCACAUGCCCCUGGCCUUCGGGCAGGUCCGGGCGCUGGGCCGAGCCGGGGGGCGCGGGGAGCGGGGGCAGGAAGAACCCAGCCCUCCACCGGCGCAGGCAGCCCAGGCCCAGCGCUGCGCUCUCUGCCUGAAGAGACUCCAGGAUGCGGACGACCCCCCGCUGCGCUGCUUCCACCCCGGAUGCCCCCUGGCUGCCCACCCCGCCUGCCUGGCGCGGGAGUUCCUGCGGGAGGAGCCGGAGCAGUUCCUGCCCGUGGAGGGGCGCUGCCCAGGCUGCAAGAACCUGCUCCUGUGGGGUGACUUGAUUCGCUACCACCAGGGUUGCUAUGGUGACUUGGAAGAAGUCCCUGCCUCCUCCCAGGGACACUGGACAGAGGAGCUGCAGACCUGAAGACCAGCGGGGAGGAGCCUGCGCGGGAGGGGGCGGGGCAAAGGGCCGGUCCCCUUUGCCCCACCCACCGGGACGAUGGACCUGCCCCCUCCCGGAUCCCGGCGGCCCAGGGGAUAAUUAUGGGAUUACAUGAAAUAAAAAUGCCAGGA